UUUGUUGCCGUUUGACAGGACUACACGAUUAAGCACUACCUGAAGAUGGGCGCCUCCCGCGACAAGCUGGUGCUCGGUAUCCCGACCUACGGCCGCUCCUACACCCUCUUCAACCCCGACUCCACGGAGAUCGGCGCGCCUUCCGACGGUCCCGGCGAGCAGGGGGACGCGACGCGCGAGAAGGGCUACCUGGCCUACUAUGAGAUUUGUGAAUCGGAAGGCUGGGAGGUGGAGAAGCCGCACCCAAAAGCCAUGGGUCCGUAUGCCGUCAAGGGAAACCAGUGGGUCGGCUACGACGACACGGAGAUCGUACGCCUCAAGGCCGAGUACGUGAACGAGAAGGGCCUGGGUGGCAUCAUGUUCUGGUCCAUCGACAACGACGACUUCAGGGGCAAGUGCCACAACCGACCGUACCCGCUGAUCGAGGCCGCCAAGGAGGCUCUCCUCGGCACGAGUGGCAAGACGGGCAGUGAGAAGAACGCCGUCGUCGCCAAGGGUAAGGGCAGCAAGGCAGGCGGUCGCGUCGCAGAGACCAGCACGGCGAGGAGUGACAGGCCUAGGACAAACAAGCUCAAGACCAAGGCUCCACCCAGCACCAGGAGGACCACCGCGGCAACAACGCCGUCCACCAGCACCUCCAGCGGCAACCCGCUCACCACCCCAGAGCCUCCAUCCACCCCCGACCCGGGCAGCGACUUCGUCUGCAAGGACGAAGGGUUCUUCCCGCACCCGCGUGACUGCAAGAAGUACUUCUGGUGUCUGGACAGCGGGCCGUCCAACCUCGGCAUCGUUGCGCACCAGUUCACCUGCCCGUCUGGUCUCUUCUUCAACAAGGGCGCCGACUCGUGCGACUACGCGCGCAACGUCAUCUGCAAAAAGAACGCCGCCGCACCCGCGACCACAGCGGCGACCACCUCUACGACGACCAGCUCGCCCUUCGUGUCGGGACGUACGACAACGACCACCACCACCACGACUACCACCACAACGGAGGCCCCCAUCGAAGAGGAGGAGGAAGAUGAGGUUGAUGAGGACGACGAAGGUGGGCAGGAGGACCCCGAGGCACUCAAGGAGCUCCUCAACCUCAUCAAAAAGCUUGGAGGCGUGGAGGAGCUGGAGAAGCAGCUCCGCUCCAGCAGUAGUGCCGGGAACAGCGCCUCCGAGGCGGCCUCCCCGACCUCCACGAGCGGCGGCACCAUCCCCCUGAGGAACCGCAGCCUGGUGGAGCGCGUGCUGCAGGGCAGGAGCCGACACGCCGCCACCGUCAGCACGAACUCCGGCGCCGGCUCGCCCACCACGCCCAGGUACAAGUCCCUCUUCAGAAACGGCCCCUCGCGCCCGCAGAACGACGGCCUCCAGGACGCCACCAAAGAGACGAGUCAGCGAGAGAGGGAGCGGCCGAAGUACGUCAGCAUACGGCGAGAGAGACCCGCCGUGGCCGCGGAGCUGGAAGAGGCCGUGCAGAACGAGCCGGAGGAGACCGCGGUUGAGGUGCAGAGGACUCGCAGCCGCUACGAAAAGCCGUCUAAGAGACAGGAGCAACAGGAGUCCGAUGACGAGGAGGAAGAGGAGGAGGAAGAGGAAGAGAAGAAGAGCAGCAAGCCGGCCACCCCGGGGUACGUCACGCUGCGCAGGCAGCGACCCAGCGAAGAGCCCGUCACCACCUCACGAUAUGUGACGCUGCAGAGGGGGCGACCCUCGACCACCACGGAGACGGCGGCUAUCGAGGAGGAUCAGGACGACGAGGAGGUAGAGUCCUCGGAGGAGGACAAGGAGGACGCUACCGUCGCCGCGGUGACGCCGUCGCCGUCCGUGUCUUCGUAUCGGGAGGGCCCUGUGUACCGGCCCACCCCGCUGCGCACGACGCGCCCGGACCAGGACGGCGAGGAGGAGACGGCCGCGACAUCCGCGACCACCCCUACGACCACCACGACCACCACCACCACCGCGAGCCCAAAGGUCUCCGCCGAGAGGGUGUCCCUGCGCCGGCCAGGCGGCUUCUUGAACCACGGCAGCCGCGGCAGGCGUCCGACCACGACCACGACCCCCGCGCCGACCAUCACGACGCCGGCUGCGAGGCGGACCCCGUCCAGGGUCAUCCGCAGGCGCACUACCACUGUGAGCCCCGUGGACUCGGACGCAGCGGCGCAGACCUCGGCACCGUCCAGAGAGUCGAUCGUGAACCGCGGGCAGAGUAGCUUAGCUGCGUCCGCCGCCGCGCAGCGCAGGAGGAACAAGUUCAGGACCGAGGCCAGGACGACGACGUUCGCGCCGGAGGACGUGACCGCCGCGGCAACAGCUGAACAAUCGACGGAGCGGGGUCGCUACACGUUCCCGAAGCGCCAGCGGAGGCCUCAGGCCCUCGAGGACGUGACUUUGCCGACGGCGACGCCGAGCUCCAUCGAGCAGGCGGCCACGGUCACAGCGUCGGCCGCCUCGGCGCCGGGCACCCCCCUGCAAGGCAGGGAACUCAACGAGCUGCUGGCCAGAGCGCUGCAGGAGCAGAAUCUGCAAGACGAGCGGGUGCAGCAGGAGCAGCAGCAGCAGGACGACCUGUCGGACCUCACCCACCCCGCCGUCGUGGCCAUCCACACCCUGGCCACGCAGGCCGCGGGCUCGCACCCGGCGGCCUCGACGCCGUCGCCCUUCGUGGCGCCAUCCACGGUGUCCGUCUCGCAGCAGCAGCCCCUGCCGCAGAGUUCGUCGUUUACGCACGUCCGGACGGGCGGCAGUGCGUUCAGCACGUCCCUCAGCGUCCCCGCCGCCACCGCCGCCCCCGAGCAGGCAGCAGCGCCGCCGCGGCCCCGCCAGCACCACACCGCCGUGAGCCCCUCCGGCCCCUCUGCGCCAUCCGCCCCCGCGGCCGCGCUCACCACGCCGCCGCCGCUCCUCGAGAUCCGCGUGCCGGUGAGCCGCGGCCAGGUGCGCGGGCGCGGGGCCUCGGCGCGCCGCCUGCCGCAGGGCAGCCCCCAGGGCGGCCUCGGCCCGGAGGACGUGCCUCGUCUGCGCUCGCCCAACCCCCAGCUGGGGCCCCUCAACCCGCUGGCGGCCCAGCUCGGCCCCGUUGACUACGAGUACUACGACGACGAGGCCGACGCGGCGCCGUCCGCCACCAAGGUCAAGAUCCACGGCGACGGCUGGAUCGAGUGCCUGGACCGCGGCAACUUCCCGCACCCCUUCUCAUGUCGCAAAUUCAUCUCGUGCGCCAAGAUGGAGUCCGGCGACCUGCAGGGCUGGGAGUACACGUGUCCGCGGGGCCUGUCCUUCGAUCCCAUCGGUGGCAUCUGCAACUGGUCAGCCGGGCUGGGCUGCAAGGCGAGGUAGGCCGGCAGUCCGGUCAACUGGACGUCGCAUGACGUCGUGUCGACUUCCCCGUGACGUUGCCCCGAUGUCGCUCCGACGUCCUUUCGACCUCAACUGCGCCACGCCGGCGCCACCGCGCCGCUUACAGGCGCAGGGCGCCGUCAAGUACCUGACGUCCCAGACCUCUUCGAGUGACAGUGAAGUGCAUAGUUGGGGCUCGUGAGCUCCGCAAAACAGGCCGAUUGGCCGACCGCACUCGGGACGCUUUUACGAAGUGCAAGUGGUAGUCGACCUGUCGGCCCUGAUACUGACAGUGAUUGAAGUGUGAUUGUGUGUGCGCGUGAUAGAGAAAUCGUGUGUGUGUGUGUGAGAGAGAGAGAGAGAGAAAGAGAAAGAAAGAAAGAGAGAAAAGGGGGGGGGGGAGCGCGAUUGUGUCUGCCUAUGGUGUGUAGAGUAGGCCUAAGGAAUGAGACUGGGAGCAAAAAUCUCACUUCUGUCGCUCAGAAGUGACGGAGAUGAGACUGAUUUCUUUCAGGGUCCGUGCUGAGGUAUGUGAAUUCCACAGAUUAUUUCUGACGUAAAAUUACUUUGUCAUUUACACAAUUUUCAAAAUUGGAUGUCUUGCAAAUUGUUGAGCAAAAUUGUUCUGGUUUACUUGUGUAGCCGAAGUAGAAUACUCACAAACCUUCAAAGAGAAUAUUAAUUUACCCUUAACGCCCUUAAGUCCACCAGCCGUAUUUUUACCUACUUUUGUCAUGAAGACGCCGAUGAAUAAUAAAGCAGUAGUCAGAAGUUGCACACUGCUUUAUUGAAACGCUUAAAUCAGAACAAUAAUGGAAUAAAUGGCACAAUAAAUCAACAGACAAAUCUUC